GUACAAGCUCUCGCUCUCUCUCGGAGUCUCGGGAAUCCUCUCCCCUCCACCGCCGCCGCCGCCGCCAUCACCGGCGCUCCGAGCCCUACCUCCCUCCCCUCCCCUCCCCUCCCAACCCGGCUGUCUCAUGGACCGGCAAGCCCAGGACUACGCGGCCGCGGCCAUGGCGUACGCGCAGGCGCAGCAGCAGCAACCGCAGUACGGCUUCCACCCUCAGGCGCCGCCGCCGCCGCCGCAGUACCCGCACCACCCGCCGCCCUACGCCGCGCCGCUCCCUCAGUACGCGCCCUACGCGCGCGGCAUGCCGCCCCCGCAGGCCCAGCAGCUCUACUCGCACCUCCCGCCGCACCAGCAGCCUCCCCACUUCGCCGCGCACGCCAUGCCGUCGCCCUCCCCGCCGCCGCCCCACCCCGCCUACAUGCACCCGCCGCCGUUCGACUCCGCGCCACCCCCCGCCGCGGCCCCGCCCCCCUCCGACCCGGAGCUCCAGAAGCGCAUCGACAAGGUCGUCGAGUACAUCGCGAAGAACGGGCCCGAGUUCGAGGUCGUGAUCCGCGACAAGCAGCACGACAACCCGGACUACGCCUUCAUCUUCGGCGGCGAGGGCCACGCCUACUACAGGUACAAGCUCUGGGUCUCGCCGCGGCCGCCGGUGGCGCCGUACCCUCCCGGGUCGAUGCACAUGAUGCCGCCGCCGCUGGGUCCGAUGAUGCGUGGGCCGCCGAUGCACCAGCCGGGUUACCCACCGUUCUACGACCAGCACCAGCAUUUCGGUGCUCACGGCCAUGGGGAGUAUGAUGCCGCGCCGCAGCAAUCCUUCAAGGGCCUCUCCGGGCCGCUUCCGGUGGAUGUCGCAGCUGAGCUGCACGACGUGCUUACCAAUCUCAAUGGCACCAAGGAGUCGAUCAAGGGUGCCAAGACAUGGUUCAUGCAAAGGUCGCCGUUCGCGCCGGCUUUGGCUGAAGCUCUGAAGGAUAGAGUGUUUGCUUUAGAGGAUUCGGAGAGGCAGCUCCACAUUAUCUUCCUGGUUAACGAUAUUCUUUUCGAAAGCUUACAAAGACGAACUAAUUCUCGGGACCUUGACAAUGAGGCUUUGGCUUUUAAAUUUGUGCUGGGAUCAAUGCUUGCAAGGAUAUAUAACAAUCCACAGAGCAAAGAUGAUAACCAGAUUCGCCUCGAGAAAAUCCUGCAGUUCUGGGGUUCAAAGGAAGUUUAUGACCAGGAAACCAUUGCUAACCUUGAAAGAGACAUGAAAGGUGGGGUAGCAUAUCCUUUGCCACCACGGCAUGUCUCACCGGAUCCCUCAACAUUUUCAGGAUCAGUGCAUCAGCCCUCAAAAUGGUCCUCAGAUCCACAAGAGGAAAUGGCAACCCAUCCUCUUUCUGUUCCACCCCAACCUGUGCCUUCUGCACAAUUUCCAUUAAAUCAACUUCCAGCUGGUGUUUACCCUCCUGUAGGUCAAACUGCUUUUCCAGGAUCUUUGCCAGUGCAAACCCCCACUGUGCUGCCUCAAACUGCUGCUACACCAGCUAUCACAAAUGAUCCAAAUCCACCUCCUUAUCCACUAUUCCCCCCUGGUCUGAUUCCAGGAAUGGUGCGAAAGAUGCAGAUCGGGAGUGGAGUGCCAUACUCUCCCCUGAGUCCACUUGACAUCCCCACAAUCAUUCCACCAUCCACUAUUCCGGAGUCCGAGAUCCUUGAGCGUGUAUCGAAGUUCUUUAAGGAGAUUGGAGAGGUAAACCCAUCAGAAGGGCCAAUGAAGCAAAGCGAGCCCGAUGAUUACGAUAACUAUGAGAGGGACAUUCCUGCUCGCAAGGGUGGUGCAUGUAUUCCUCCCCCACCCAACUUGCUUGUAAACCUUGAGACAGGGAUGCGUGCAGAUGGUUCGGUUGAUAGUAAACCGGGGUCAACUGGCCGAUUGGGCCUUGGAGCGUCUGCCGAUCCAAAUGAGAUCGGCCAGUAUGAUGAUGUCUACUCUUCAUAUCGCAAACAGAGGAGCAGUACAUACCACUCUUCCAUCAGUGCUCGCUCAUUAGCACCAAAGUGAACGGCAGAAGCAUCAUAUGAACCCUUUCCUCAUCUGUGUAGGACUGUACUUAAAUGAACAGAAUUGGCUUAUCAAAUGAUUGUACGAUGCAACUAUGUAUUGUCACCAGUAGCAAAUGAUGUUUCUUCCAGUAUCUUCUUGUAAGAGGGGUUUUGAUCGAGCUGAUUUUGUUGGCGUUUUUAGUUCAGAUUUGGAGUUGAUAUUCUUUCCAAGCUUCCAGUCCUAAAAUGUGGCUUCAGUCACUGGGACAGGAUUGCUGCUCAGUAAAAAUAUGUUUUCUCAUGUACAAAACUUGUAUCCUUGUGAGUUUAGUCAUGUGAAAUUAACAUCAUUAGAUUUUUCA